CCCAGUACGAGUACAAGUACUUUCAGCACCACGACUGUGACGUUCUUUCUCAUUUCCCUUCUGCCGCCUUGGAUGAUUGCGGUACCGUAGCAUACCAAUAAUUUCGAAGGUCUCUUUUUGUGGCACCGGUGAACUGCGAGUACGAUGACGUCGGGAAAAGGAAACAAUGGCGGAGGCGGAGGAAACGGUUUCAAGCCCCUCGGUUUGAGCGAACCGGUUUAUCGCGGAAUAGUUCGAAUGGGGUUUCGAACGCCGACGCCCGUUCAGCGAAAGGCUCUUCCCGUGGUGAUGUCGGGGGCCGACACAAUUUGCAUGGCCCGUACCGGGUCGGGUAAAACGGCUGCCUUUUUGAUUCCGUUGCUGGAAUCCUUGCUGGCAAACCAGGACGACAGCAGCAGAAGUUUUUCGAAGGGCGUCCGCGGUGUGAUUUUGAGUCCAACCCGAGAAUUGUCCUUGCAAACUCUUCGAGUGUUGAAGAAAAUGUCGCACUUCACGAACAUAAAAUCAAUUGGAAUCCACGGAGGAGAAAGAAUGGAGCAGCAAUUCGAGGACCUUGCUUCGAAACCCGAUGUGAUCAUCGCCACGCCGGGUAGAUUGGCUCAUAUUCUUUCAGAAAUUCCCGAUUUUAACCUCAGGGAGUGCCAAAUUUGUGUGCUCGACGAAGCCGAUCGGCUGCUGGAAAUGGGCUUCGCGCAGCAACUGAGAGAAAUCAACCGAACCAUUCCGGACAGGUGCCAAAAGGCAUUGUUCAGUGCUACCAUGCCCAAGAUGCUGAUAGAGUUUACGAAAGGUGGAUUCACAACCGACCCGCAAAUGGUGCGACUCGACGCAGAAGUUCAGGUCAGUGAAGAAUUGCGCGUCAGUUUCAUAACAUGCAGGAGUCUGGAGAAAGAUGCUGGUCUUCUACAAAUAAUGGGGGCGAUCCAGGACGACAAAGAUGCGAACGAGAGCACACGCACGGGUUUGACCCUUAUAUUUUGUGCUACCCGUCACCACGUCGAAUACGUGACAGCUCUCCUCCGAGCCAGCGGUCAGGAAGCCACAAUGAUCUACGGAACUCUCGAUCCCGAUGCCAGAAAUUCGAAUCUUGCUGCGUUUCGUCACGGAAGGAAACCGAUAAUGGUCGUGACGGACGUUGCCGCAAGAGGAGUCGAUAUUCCCAUGUGUGAUCACGUCAUCCAUUAUCAUUUUCCGCCAUCGCCGAAGCUUUUUGUCCAUCGUUCCGGUCGAGUAGCGCGUGCUGGUAGGAUAGGAUUUUGCUUUGCUCUCGUAGAACCAGAUGAAUUGCCGUACAUGGUCGAUCUGCACUUAUUCCUUGGUCGCAAGCUGUGCACGAUAGAUGGGAUGACCGAUACAAGCGACCACAAGGAAAUAGGUGGUGAUGAAGCGGACGAAAGCACUCAAAAUCAGGAAGGGAUCGAAUCCUAUACGAUGAAUGAAAUGACCCCUGAUAUGACUCACUAUGGGUCCAUUCCAGAAUCGAUUCUGACUUUGGAAGUAGAAAACGUGCGCCGGAUCAUGGAUUCAGAGAUGGCUGGUACGGAACAAGCUGAACUCAUGAGAUCACUGACGAGGGUUUGCAAUAACGCCAUGAAACAAUAUCGAAGAACCCGCCCGGAAGCAAGCAGAGAGGCCGUGCGGCGAGCGAAAGCAAUUCUCGAAGGUCGCAAACUGAAAACAGGACAGCGGGUUGGCGGGGCAUCGAUUCCACCCCAUCCACUUUUGCGUGGAAUGGAAAUGGAGCAAUAUGAGGCAGCAAAAUCCAAGGGCAAAAUCGGUACCCUGAACGAUCUGGACAAUAUUAACAAGAGGAAUGAAUUCUUGAAAGCCUUGUCCCAAUUUCGACCAAAGGAAACGGUUUUUGAGGCAUUUGCAACGGGAGGUGGAAAGGAGACUGGCGUGAAUAGUCAUGUUGACAAAGGCCGUACUGUUCAUUCUUCCAAGAAAAUGGACUCGAGCUACGCAAUGACAUCAAUGAAGAAUAUGAGGCGUCAGAUGCGAAUGUCGCGAGACAAAGGAACAACUUUGGUUGUUGCCGGUAGUACGCUGGCGACUGAAGCAGCUGGAGAUGAAGGAGCGGGUGAAGAAAAUGCGUUCGUCAUGAAAAGUCAGAAAGCUGUUUCCAAGCCUGCAACAAAGGCGCCAACAAUCGUGUCGAAGGCUAGAAUGUCCAAGGCUGAACGACGUCGCCUCAAAAAAGAUCCAAAUGCAUCCGUUGCUUCCUUGGCAAAGAAAUACCAACACGAAGAAAAAAGGAAAAAGCAUAUGAGAGGAAGCGACUUCAGAGACAAUGCCUUUUUCAUCGAAAACGAUGCUUCGUCGAAUGCUGAAGAAGCUCAGAGACAACGUCAGGUAGAGGCGGCACUACAACCCUCGGCUGGCUCGGUAAAAGGAAUAACCGGUAAUGCUAUGCGUCUAGAAGAGGCAAUGCUAGAUGUUGUCGGUGACGAGAACGCACAGCUUGUGCAAAAACAACGAAUGAUGAGAUGGGACAAAUCUAAAAGAAAGUAUGUUCAGUCAAGUGUCGGUGCCGAAUUGAGUGGAACGAGCUACAGUAAGAGAGUUAAGCUGGAGAGUGGACAAAUUGUCAAGAGCGACAAACUGAAACUGGGAGAAAUUUACGAAAAGUGGCAGAAGAAAACAAACCGAUCCGUUGGAAGAAGUGGUGUAUUUGAUAACGAUGGUACAAAUGACGAUGAGGCAAUAGCUUCUUCGGGUAAGCAGCGACGAGGAGGCAAAAAGAAGGGUAAGAAAGGAGGCGACGAAGAUGGCCCAAGGUCCGCAAAGGCCAUCCAACAGAGUCGAGAAAGUGCACAGAACUCGAAGAUGAAGAACAUGGUGAAGGCAGAUAGAAAUAGGUUGGAAAAGAAAAACAGGACCGAGUACAAUGCCUCUAAGGUUCAGCCAAAGAAGGGUUCUCAGGGGAAGAAAGGAAUGAGUGGCAGAUGGAAAAAAAGAUAAAACAGUUGAGAACUUCAUCAAUGGCCUCUUUCACGUUCUUUGAGAUGCAAGUUCAAGAAUAUUGAUUUUAAUGUUAAAAAUUAAUGUUAAUACUCAUU